CCCCGGUGUGCUCAAAGCACUGGGGCCAACGAGCGAGUGACCCCGCGGGACGCUAGCCGCACGUCAUGGUGGACUACUACGAAGCGUUGGGGGUGAGCCGCAGUGCCACCGCCGACGACAUCAAGAAGGCGUACAGGAAGGCUGCACUGAAAUGGCACCCUGAUAAAAACCCAGACAACAAGGAGUAUGCUGAGCAGAGGUUCAAGGAGAUCGCUGAGGCUUAUGAAGUGCUGUCAGACACCCCCUUUCUUCUUUCAGAGCAGAAGCGUGAUGUCUAUGACCGUUACGGCAAGGACGGGCUCAUGGGAGCAGCAGGACCAGGGGGCUCCAGGGCUGAUGCUGGGGCCCCGGGAUUCACCUUCACCUUCCGCAGCGCUCACGAUGUCUUCCGGGAGUUCUUUGGCGGGCGAGACCCCUUCACUGACUUAUUUGAUGAGAUGCUGCCCUUCUCCGAGCUGCGAGGACCUGGCCCUCGGCACCAUGGGGGAGGUCACUUCUUCUCCCCCUUCCCAGGAUCCUCAGAUUUCUUCACCUCCUUCAGCUCUGGUGCCGAUGCAGGGCUGGGCUUCCGCUCUGUCUCCACCUCCACCACCUUCGUUAACGGCAAGCGCAUCACGACCAAGCGGAUUAUUGAGAAUGGCCGGGAGCGGGUAGAAGUGGAGGAGGAUGGGGAGCUGAAGUCAGUCCACAUCGAUGGCAUCCCUGAUGACAUGGCACUGGGGCUGGAGCUGAGCCGCCGGGAGCAGCAAGCCUUCCCUAGCCCACGGCCCUCCUCGUCCCCACCACCUGCCCCACACCAGCCCCCGAGCUCCUCGCCCGUCUGCCUCUACACAGACAGUGAGGAUGAGGAUGAGGACUUGCAGCUGGCUAUGGCUUACAGCCUCUCAGAGAUGGAAGCUGCAGGGCACCACCAAGCAGGUGUGUUCUGAGGCUGCUGCGCCCGGGGACUGCGCACGCCCACUCGCCCACGGAGGCUCUCCCAGCCAGGACUCUGCUUUGUCCCUGCACGGCCACCCCCUGCCACUCCCUUCCCCCAGCACCCUUUGGCUCCGUGGGAUGCACUGGGGAGGGGUUAAGGGGGUGCUUGACAGGACUUUAUGGCUGAGCAAUACCUGGGGCUGGGUGCAGGUAUCUUGGGCCC